AUGAGCCAAGAAGAGGAUUGGGCGGAAAUAUCCGACGCUCAGAAACGCAAGAGAGUACAGAACCGCUUGGCCCAGCGCAGCUACCGACACAAAGAUCGAGAGCGAUUACAGGAGCUCGAUCAACUAAAGACUGCUGAGCGUCGCCCUAGCACUUCGAGUCAGUCAUCGAGUCGACGCACAAGCAGCCAAAUGUCUGAGUGCAAUGCUGCCACUCAAGGGAGUUCGGCGUCGAUUGCUUCGAUGAUACCGCCUAUGACCUUCUCUGGGAACUCUUCGGGCUCGUCAGACUCUUCCGAGAGUGCUUUAUGCUCACUGCCUGAGCUCAGUGACCCGACGUUCCCAUGGCUGUUGUUACCAGAGAAAGGCAACCAAGAGUCGACUGUCAUCGAUGACUUCCUCGCCAGCUCGUACACGACUGACAGCAAUGAAGCCAUCGCUCUGGUCAGUGUAGAUCAAGCUGUCAGCAGCUCGCAAUCGUGGACUGCACCCUGCUCUACCAAGGCACCAAACUUUGGCUUCGACCUGCUGGGGUCAGUGAACCUGCCUGCUGCGCCAACACCGGAUGCCGAGCUGAAGUUCACCGAGCUGAUGCUCAAGAUGCGCGAGGUAGGCUUUGUGGACAUGGAGGGCAUGAUCUUGGAAUACUAUUCGACUCGAUUCCGCCGAGAUUCACUCCCGUACUGGCUACAGCGAAGAAGCCGCCAGCACAAUCUUUCCAACCUGCUUGAACAGCUUCAGUUGCACUCGAACUCUUGGCCUGUUGAGGAAGGUGCUGCGUUCCAAGACUCUAUCCAGAGCAUUGCACAGCGGAUAACGAGCUCGGCUAUGUUUGGCAAGAAUCCCCAGGUCUUGUUUCCCCUCGCUACGGACAACAGCUUUUCAUGA